AUGUCCAAGCAAGACGAAGUGCAGGUCGAGACGGCCGACUAUGCCCCGCCAUUCAGCAGUGACUCUGACAGCAAGGGCGAGAAGGGCCACUUCGAGGAAGUGAACCUGCAGAACAAUACUUCCGCUAAGAUCAAGAACCCGCUGGCCGAUCUGAGCAAGAACCAAUUGAUCUCGGAUGUCGAAUCGUUCGCCCAGGAGUUCCAACUCGGCGAUAUCCUACCGGAGCUGAAGAAGGGAGCGCUGGUUGCUCGAGAUCCCACUGAGUUCGAGUCGGUACUGGACUUGACCGAGACCGAGCGGACAGCGCUGCAGGAUGAAGUGCUUCACAAGUGGCGCCAGCCCAAGGCGCUGUAUUUCACCAUCGUUCUGUGCUCCAUCGGUGCCGCCGUCCAGGGCUGGGACCAGACCGGCUCUAAUGGAGCUAACCUUUCUUUCCCCACUGCCUUUGGUAUCCCGGACGAUAACGGCGCACCAAACGCGGCGCGAAACUCUUGGAUCGUCGGUGUCAUCAACGCGGCCCCGUAUAUUGCUAGCGCUUUUCUUGGCUGCUGGCUGUCUGAUCCAUUGAACCGCAUGCUUGGCCGCCGUGGUGUCAUUUUUAUCGCCGCCAUCUUCUGUGUCCUCUCGCCUAUUGGCUCUGCAUGCACCCAGAACUGGCAACAACUCUUCGGUACCCGUCUUCUCCUCGGCAUCGGUAUGGGUCUGAAGGCGUCUACUAUUCCUAUCUUCUGUGCUGAGAACACUCCCGCUUCUAUUCGCGGUGGUCUGGUGAUGUGCUGGCAGCUGUGGACUGCCUUCGGCAUUUUCCUGGGUUUCUGCGCUAAUCUUGCCGUUAUGAAUACCGGUGCUAUUUCCUGGCGUCUGCAGCUUGGCUCGGCAUUCAUUCCCGCUGUGCCCCUCGUCAUCGGUGUUUACUUCUGCCCGGAGUCUCCUCGUUGGUACAUCCGCCGGGGUGAGAUGAACAAGGCGUUCAAGUCGCUCUGCCGCCUUCGCAACACCCCUCUGCAGGCUGCUCGUGAUCUCUACUAUAUCCAUGCCCAGAUCCAGGUUGAGGCGAGUCUGAUUGGAAAUACCAACUAUGCCAAGCGUUUCGUGGAGCUGUUUACGAUCCCCCGUGUUCGUCGCGCGACUCUCGCCUCGUUUACCGUCAUGAUAGCCCAGCAGAUGUGCGGUAUCAACAUCAUUGCCUUCUACUCAUCCACCAUCUUCCAGCAGGCCAACGCCACCCCCAAGGAAGCUCUGUUUGCCUCCUGGGGCUUUGGCCUGGUGAACUUUCUCUUUGCCUUCCCUGCCGUGUGGACCAUCGACACCUUCGGCCGGCGCAACCUGCUUUUGUUCACUUUCCCCCAGAUGGCAUGGACGCUGCUCGCAGGCGGCUUCUGCUUCUGGAUUCCUUCAGACUCCAAAGCACAUCUGGGAGCGAUUGCCCUGUUUGUCUUCCUAUUCGCCGCAUUCUACUCUCCCGGCGAAGGUCCCGUACCAUUCACCUACUCCGCUGAGGUCUUCCCGCUCUCGCAUCGUGAGGUCGGCAUGUCGUGGGCCGUGUCUACCUGUCUGGGAUGGGCCGCUGUUCUCUCCAUUACCUUCCCUCGCAUGCUCCAAGUCAUGACUCCCACUGGUGCUUUCGGUUUCUAUGCUGCCCUCAAUGUUACCGCCCUAGUCAUGAUCUUCUUCUGGGUUCCUGAGACCAAGCAGCGCACCCUGGAAGAGUUGGACUACGUUUUUGCUGUCCCCACCGGAAAGCACAUGCGCUACCAGGCGUUCACUUUCUUGCCGUACUGGAUCCGACGCUAUGUCUUGCGUCAAAAGAAUGUCCAGCUGGAGCCUCUGUACCAGUUUGAUGAGCAUGUCGCGACUGGCGAAGAGUUGGCUGCCGAAGUGCGCAAGCGCAGCGUUGUCUCUGCGAACAUGAAGUCGUAG